AUGACUAGCAACUGUCACAUCCAUUUUGAGCUCCCCAUGAACGCAAUCAACCUCCAAGGUUCACGUCGGGUUUGGGAAUUUGCACAGCCAUCUUACAGCAGACUUGGCACAUAUGAGGUGUACCGUAUCCUGAACCUUCAAUUUUGGGUUUCUGGUGCAAAAGCAAGUCAUGGCGGAGGCCCUUGUGCCAGACCCGGCACAUCAAACAGCUGUGAUGCCAUCACAACCUCAAAAAUUCAACUUUGGGUUUGUGGCGACCAAGCAAGGCCCAGCAGCAAUGGACCCUACAUCACCUUCCCCAGCUCCAGCAAAAUUCAACUUUGGCUGGACUCAAUCCUAUUCCACAGAGAAGCCGGCAGUUCCAGCAGGCCAAUCACUCAACACGCCAGGCCCAGCGGCAGUCAACUCAGAGCCCACACCAUCUUCCCCAGCUCCCACAACAUUCAAUUUUGGCUGAACUCGGUCCAUUGCCACAGAGAAGCUGGCGGUUCAGGCAUCUCAACUAUUCAACUUUGGAAUGAAUGUGGAGACUGUUCCAACUCUCCCAACAAUGGAGUACCAGCGUCGGUGAUCCCUCUCAAGAGACCCAUAUCUCCGCCGCCACCCUCGACUCCUCCUCAGGCACUGGUGGCUGAACAUACACCCAAGUUCAACUUCGGCUGGAAGCAGCCACCUUCAACAACAGUGGCUGUUGCUACCCAUGUUGGGUUUGACCAUAAUAAUAAAUCAUUCCAGUUCAGUUGUAAGGUCCCUCCAGCAAAGGUAGGGGAAUGGACACCGGCACCUAUUACAGCCGCCAUACCACAAGCAGCACUGGUGCCAAUGGUAGUCCUGGCACCUAUCAUAGCCGCCGUGCCAGAGGCAGCACCGGCUCCCGAGUCAGACCCCUACACGCCGAAGGCCUUGCCAAACUGGGAGGGUGCUUUCCCCGCUGCCAAACAACAGAAACUCAAUUCCACCAGUCAAGUGACCUGCCAAGACACCAUCGGACACCUUAUGAGAAGGCUGGUUGCAUGUCGUUUUUCUGGCGGUCAAACCAGAAAUCUAGUACGGUGGUGGUAUCUGCUUUAUCCAUCUUGGAUGGCUCCUUGA